UAGCUAUUCGUCGCGAACGGCUGUGGUACCACAAACGCCCAAUCGCACCUAUUCGUCACAGACUAAAUAAAAUAAACGACAAUUAAUUUAUUGUGAUCCGUGCCAUCAAAUACGUUUUGACUUGUUGAUUGGAGACUGACAUAAAAAUCUGUGAUUAUGAAAAAUAACUACAAAACUAGAGAAAGGAUUAAAAUGGUGACCAAAAAUAGCAUGUAAAUAUAAUGCAGUGUUGUGCAAAGUGACAUAAUUCUUUAGUGUAGAACUAUGGAUAUAUAGUGUAAAAAAAAUAUUUAUUGAUAAGUGAAGUUGUGUAUAAAAACGCCAGAAUGUAAUGUAUUAGUAAUUUAAAAUGUGGUCAGUUAAGUGGAUGCGAUUAGUGGUGAUGCUGACUGCAUGCUGGGCCCAAGAGGGCGAAUGGAGCGAAGAUGCCGAAGAUUUGGUAUCGACCGUGGACGUGGACGCGGUACUUGGCCGGACGGCGUCAUUACCGUGUGACGUCACACCAGAUACCAACGAAGACCGUGUCUAUAUGGUGCUAUGGUUCAGGGCCGGGAAGGCCACCGGAGGAAAACCUAUUUACAGCUUCGACGUUCGGGGGCGAUCGUUUAACAAAGCGCUGCAGUGGUCAGAUCCAAAUGCAUUUGGCCCGCGGGCGUACUUUGCGACCGUUGCCCGACCAGCGUCCUUGAUGCUGGACACGGUUCAGUUGGACGACGAAGGCGUCUACAGAUGUAGAGUGGACUUUAAAAAUUCGCCGACACGAAAUUUUCAAAUACGUCUCGCUGUCAUAGUACCUCCACACCAACUAAUGCUGUACGAUAAGUCGGGCCGGGACGUGUCGGGAAUCGUAGGACCACUUGAAGAGGGUAACGAACUCGUUCUCGUCUGCGAAGUAAGAGGUGGCCGGCCAGCUCCAACUGUGAUAUGGCUAAUAGACGGGAACCCAGCGCUUCAAUAUGUCAACGAGAAAACAGAUACACAUGUGGUUGUGAACAAACUAGAGCUGCCACAUGUGAGAAGAAGUCACCUAAAUACAACCUUCAAAUGUCGAGCAUCGAAUACUAACCUUGUUAGUCCACAAGAUAAGACUGUGCGAUUGGAAAUGAACUUGAAACCAACAAGAGUUGAAAUUCUAAAUAAACCAACUUCAUUAUCAUCAGAACGGUACGUGAACCUCACUUGUAUUUCGGAGGGUAGUCGGCCUCCUGCACAACUGACAUGGUACAAGGACAACAGAAAAUUCAGAAGAGGAAAGAUAACAGAAUCACAAAACGAGACAUGGGUGAGCAGCUCCCUACAAUUUAUGCCUAUGCCAGAAGACGAUGGGGUACAACUCAAAUGUCAAGCAGACAACAGCGCACUUCCAGACCAGAGUAUAGAAGAUUCAUUCAAACUUGAUGUCGUAUAUCCUCCCGUGGUGUCGCUUUCAUUGGGAAGUACACUAAAUCCACACGAUAUCAAAGAAGGCGAUGAUGUAUACUUUGAAUGCUCAGUACGCGCCAACCCAAGGGAAAAUCGUAUCUCCUGGUACCAUAAUGAUAAGCCAGUCCUCCACAACGUGGUAUUAGGAGUGAUUGUCAGCACAAAGUCUCUAGUGCUACAGAAGGUGACGAGGGACCAUGGAGGUGAAUACUCAUGUCGAGCCACGAACGCACUGGGAGAAACUGCAAGUCAAACCACACACCUUAGUAUACAAUAUGCUCCCGUAUGCUCCCAUCCGUCACCACAAGUAUUGGGUGCGCAAAUCGACGAAGCAUUGCGCGUACGCUGCUCCGUAACGGCCAACCCGCCGGACGUAACAUUCUUCUGGCAAUUCAAUAACAGUGGAGAAAGCCUUGAUGUUUCCCCAACAAAAUUUGGUACAGCCAAUGGCAGCACGAGUGAACUGAGCUAUAAACCACAAAGUGAGCGAGACUACGGUACGCUUAGCUGUAGAGGGACCAACGCCGUAGGCAGACAGCUUGAGCCGUGCAUUUUCCAAGUGGUACCCGCGGCUCGACCAUCAGCUCCUCGUAACUGCUCUCUUCAAGCGGGUAACAACAGCAUAGAUGGUGCAAGUUGGCUGCGUGUGCGCUGCGUGGCUGGAUAUGAUGGUGGUUUGCCACAGACUUUUGUGCUGGAAGCUCUGGAUCCUAUCACUGGGAAAACGAGAUUCAACGGCAGUGUUAAUGAGACUGAUGGUCUAGCGGUGUUCAAAUUGGAUGUAAAUCAACUUUCAUCUGUUGUCAACGGACAUGGAACCACGUUCAACUUACUCAUAUACGCCAAAAACUUGAAAGGAGAUUCCGAGAAGACUUUACUUGAAAACAUCGCAUUCAAUGAUGCAGCUAAGAUAACAGAUGGAAAAGGCGCCAUGGGUGGUGUAACCCUUGGCGUAGUGGUAGCUGCAGUGCUUGGUGUUACUCUCGCCAUUGGUGGGAUAGCUUUUACAGCACUAUGUGCCCGUAGACGUCGCUCGCAACCACCUCACAAGCACCCUCCAGGAGAUAUGCUGGAAUUGAGUGAUGGUGGUCGUCGCUAUGUUGUAGCAUAUACUAUUAAACCAUCACCAGACCAAAAAACACCUGAUCCACAACCAGAUAUAUUAAAUGCUCCUGACUCGGAUAGUCAACCUGCUCCACCUUCUACGGAUGAAGUGGACGAAUGGCCUAGCAUAAAAGAAGUACGAGGGGACUGGUGUAAAACUGGAGCAGUAUUCUCAGCAGAAGAUUUAGCGCUUUUAGACACUGCUGGAAGACCACAACAGCUCACACCAGGAAGCGACAUGGUGCCUAGCAGUAGACAAGAGGAUGUUCUAAAUCAGAACCUUCCUCAGACAGUAGUAGGAAAUAACUUUAGGCCUAACUUUGUAGUAUCUAACAGUCCCACUUUAGGGAGCCCCAACUUUGUCUGCCCGAAUGGCAACAUAGGAUCACCGUUUGGCAGUCAGACAUUAACGCUUAGUGGGCCAACCUUAAGUUCAGGGAGUCUCGCGACAUCAACAUUACAUAGGACCAAAGGUAAAGGUAACGCUCGAAGAAGAGAACAUGUAUUAGCAGAAAAUUUACCAGGACCAGAAAGUUGUGUGUGAAGUGACAGUGACUUUUUAAUUUGAAACAUUAUUUACGUUUGCCAACGAAGUACAGGUUCACUAUUAGAAUAAAUACCAACUUUGGUAAUACUCCGCGUUAUAAUUAUAUAUGUUAUAGCGAUAAAAUAUAUAAUCUAUUUGUUUUGAAAAAUGUGACAUUUUUAAUCUGAAUUUUAUGCAAAAUCGGCUUUUAUGUAUUUAUUACUAUUGUAAUAAAAUUCAAAUAUUUAAUUAAGAAUUUUUUUACAGUACAAUAAUAUUACUUGUCUUCGAUAUGAAAUUGCGUUCGUCUUAAAAGACUUUAAUAAAAUACAAGUAAUAUUUCAAUAGUUAAUUUUAAAAGUCUUUGCUCAAUUCAUUUCAUAGUCUAAGAUAAGACGAAGUCGUAGAUCAUCGUUUCCCCAAAUAUAUACAAAUGUCAUAUUGAGCCACUGCUAUAAUUUCAACUAAAAAAAUCAGACUGACUUUGGUAAUUCAUAUUAAAUAUAAUUAAAAUGCCUAUCUACUUGAUAAACAAGUUUAAUUCAAAUAAUGUUAAUCUUUACAUAAAUUAAUCUAAUAAAAAUUGGCUCAUUAACUUUACACAUGGCGCUCCAAUUUAGUACCUAAGAUAUGUAAUAAUACAUCAUAGAGUAAUAGAUAUUUGAAAAGCUUGUAGAAAUUCCUAUUUAUUUUAAUAAACUCGGUUGUGGUGACUGUAAAUAAAUUUAGAUGAUAAUAAUGAAAACCAAAGAGAUAACAAGGCUUUUGUUGUCAUUUAUAUAAUUAAUGUGUUUGUAGAAAUUGUAAAUAUUCGUUAUAAUUAAACUAUGGAGAUGCAAUUUCAGGAGUAUAAUGUCAAAGUAUCUCAUUAGGAAAUAUAAUUAUUUAUUCUAAAGAUAUAAAUUGCUGAUUUACUCAAGAUACUUUUGAUUAUUUUUUUAUAAAACGCUUGCAGAAAUGGCUAAUUGUGGAAAGGAAAAGAAUAUAAACGAUAUUUUAUUUAUGAACAUGUAAUAAAAUAUAUAAAACGAACAUGAAAGCCCAUGUUCAUGUUUUCUCUAUCAGUGGACUAUAAACUGAGUGUUUUUAAUGAUUCAAUUACUAUACGAGUAUAUACAUACAUAUAUGUAUGGAAUAACAAAUGAUACUCCCACAUACAUUAAAAAAGUGUAAAGGAAACAAGUAUGGAAAAACUUAACGUCUCUACAAUGAGUUAAAAAAAUAGGCAUACGAUUUACGAUUCAAAGUGAAUUUUCUAGUAAUAGUUUAAAAUCAAAGCAGUAAAGUGUUUUAAAGUUCGAUUGAUUUGAAUCUAGAUCGAUAAAGGGAUGUGAAACAGAAAAUAUCUAGUUAGCUGUAAACAGUGACUGUUAGUGUCUUGAAAGAAGAUAAAUUUGUUACCGAAGCAUAAGUAAUAGCCAUAAAUUAAAUAACAUCACGUAGAAAACAAUAUGGUGGCCAUAAGACUGUAUUGAAGUUAGACUUAAUCUUAAAGUGCAAGAAAUGUAGAUUAACACAAAUAAAUAACAUCUUUAUGUUAUCUCUAUUUAACUCUUAUUUUAAUAAAAGACGUCAUGCCUUUUUUCAUUAAAACCUAAAUAUAUUCUUGAAAUUUUUUCUCCAUAAUGUAGUGCCAUUUUAUAUGAUACUUGUAAAUGUUUCGAUUUAUGUUAAUUCUAUUAAAUAGAGUUUAAUGAUGAUAUUGUGGGUUAUAGAUAAAUGUAUAUAUAUAUUAUGUCAACUGAACUGUUGUAGCUGUCAAUAAUUUCUGUGGUUCUAAUGAUCUGAUAUGGCAAUUUUAUAUUUAAUAAAUAAACCAUGAUU